GUACGGAUACGGACGGCCACGGUUGAAUUAGGCAUAGUUGUUGGCGAUAGACUGUAGUAACAGUGUAAUGUGCUCUAGUAUUUUCAUUUCAUGUUGUAUUGUGAUGUGAACUGCUAUUAUCACUGGAGAAGGAGAAGGGUACAGUGCGGCUGUGCGGCGGCGAGAAGAGCAAGGAACCGAGGAAGCCGAAUAGAACAGAACCUAGAACGUGACCAAACUAGCUAGGCGAUCGCGUAAAUGAUAUUCUACUACAGAUGCACGAGUUCGAGUACGAGUAGUAGUCGAGUUGACUAGUGAGUAAGGUACCUACUACGAUGAUGUUACGACCGGCGGUGCGAGUCCGAGUCUGAGUCUAUAGUGUUACGUGUUACGCCAAAUCCUGAUCCGAGGCGAAAAAUCUUUCGAAAUCUCCGAUAGUGAUUGGUGAAUGGUGAUCUACGAAUUUCGAAUUCGAAUCUGUGCCGAAUGAAAAUGUCGUCGCGACGUCUCCAUCAUUGAAGUGCAAGUGCUGAUGCAUCUGUCGCGAGUGAAUUUCGUAUUGCACAAUAUAGAUUCGGCGACCAAUAUGUCGAUUUGGAAGAUUCUCUAUAUCGCGUCUUAUCUGCGUACUUUUUCUUAGUGUGUCGUGAUCGGAGUGGAGUGCUUCGACUCGGGUGUUUGUACUACUGGAGUUCUGUUCAGUUGUUGUUGUUGUAAUAUUGUGUGAUCAGUUUCGCGCGUGAUUUGCGUCUGCGUCCACAGUGAAUUGUGAUCCAUCCAAUCGCCCGAUAUGGCGAAUAUGCUCAAAGUUUUCGGCGGUCUCAAAGAUUUCUUGAAAAAAGAAGAAGUCGUCAAAGACGGCCCCAUCUUUCGAUUCCAUAACGUGUUCACCGCUAUCAUCUUGUUCUCGUGCUCGUUGAUAGUGACCGCUUCUCAACUCGUUGGUGAUCCCAUCCAAUGCAUCGUUGACGACAGUGAGAAAAGACUAAGGAAACCGAUCAAUACGUAUUGCUGGAUUACGUCCACGUUUACCAUUCCUCGAGUCCCCGGCGAGCAAGUGGGCCUUCAUGUGGCUCAUCCGGGCGUCGGGCCCGACAUCGGAGGCAAUUCGUCCAAGACUUACUACACCUACUACCAAUGGGUUUGCUUCGUGUUAUUCUUCCAAGGAGCCGCGUGCUACUUUCCCAAAUGGUUGUGGGAUAAUUACGAAGGCGGUCUAAUGAAAACUCUGGUCACCGGACUCAAUCAUUACAUGUACACUGAGAAAGAAAAAAAUAUCAAAAAAGAUACCAUCGUUCAAUACGUACUAGAUCAUGCUAAGACACAUCGUAUGUACGCGAUACGCUACUGGCUGUGCGAAUUCCUGUGCUUCGUCAACAUCCUGACGCAGCUGUAUUUCAUGAACGAAUUCUUCAACGGCGAAUUUCUGCAGUACGGAUUAGACGUGCUCAAAUUAUCGGACCGAUCGCAAGAUUCCAGAUACGAUCCCAUGAUCUACAUAUUUCCUCGCGUCACCAAAUGCACAUUCCGCAAAUACGGUCCCAGCGGUGGUCAAGUCAGACUGGACGCUCUUUGUGUUCUACCUCUGAACGUAGUCAAUGAAAAAACCUACAUUUUCAUAUGGUUUUGGUUCAUCUUCCUAGCCGCUUUAUUGACUUUACUCAUGGCUUAUCGAAUAUGCCUGAUUAUGUUCCCGGCGCUCAGACCACGACUACUGAAAACCACUCGCAAAGUCGCCUCCAGACGAGAUGCUCGUAUUGUUUCCGAAAAUCUGGACGUCGGUGACUGGUGGGUGCUCUAUAUGUUGGGUAAGAAUCUCGAUCGAAUCGUUUACAACGAGAUAGUCGUCGAUUUGGCCAAAAAAAUGGAAGACCCCGAUGGCAAACUGAUGAAACGGUAGCGAGUACCCUAGGUUCAUCUACCUCACCUAGACUAUAAAAUUCAUUUUCAAAAUAUUAUGAUUUAACAAUUGGUGAUCGUUAUUAGUGAUUUUUUUUAUAAUUCAUUUCCUUUUCUUUACGUGUAUUUUGUUUAUUUUGCAAAGAUGCGUGUAUUAUUCUCCUUUUCAAUUAUCACGUUUCCACGUAAUUUUUUUAUCUAGUUUAUUUUUAUAUUUACGUGUUUUCUGUUUCCUCGUGUUUUUUUUUCUCUUUUUUACAUUAAAUCUGCGUUUACGAGCGUUAUAAUGUCGUUUUUUUAAAUAUUAUUAUUAAAGUGAGAAAUAAUUUGUUUCCUUCAUUUUUACGCUUGUUUGUUUUUUUUUCUCUUAAAAAUAUUCGAAAUUUAUUUUUUAUUUUUAUAUUACGUAUGCUUAAACUUUUGAAAAAGUAUCGUUUAUAAAUUGAUUUAUAAUAUAGUUGAGCUAUUGUUUCUAUAUGAAUCGUAUGAUUAAUUCGUAAUUCGAGAUUUUUUAUUUUGUUAUUUUGCUGCCACAAUUGACAAGCGGUGAAUUUAUUUUUUAUACUCGUGUUUCGAUUCAGUUCGUAUAAAUAGUGUCAAUUAAACGAAAAAUGAGAUUUUAUUUCUUUUAAAAUUCAUGCAAUCGCAUUUAUUAUACUGAAUAAUGAUAUUAGGUUAUCGGUACCAUUCCUUUUAGUUAUGUUUAUAUUGUCGAUGGUUCUAUUUUUUUUUUUUUACUAUUUUUUUACUCAUUAUUUUAAAAUAUAUUUGUACAACUUUGUUCGUAAACGUUAUUAAAUUUUCAUUAUUACAAAAAA